AAAGGCGUUUUAUUUAUUUAUCGUUUCUGUGUUAAGUGGAGAUGCUGGCGGAUUGCAGAUUGGGUCACGGAACCGUUUUUGUUGCGUUUAAACGCUGAUAAAUAAGAGUUCGCUGCAAUUUACGGGUUAAAAAAAAAACAGGAAGUGUUUGUUGUAUAGUAUAAAAAAGAUAAACAAUUGAGAAAACCUUACUUGUAAUUCAUAAUUCAUAAUUCAUAAUUCAUAAUUCUGUGAUGCUUAGUUUAAACCGAAGGCAUAAUUUAUUUAAUGGUACAACCGGGCUGACUAUAACAGUAAGGCCGCGUCUUGGUAUAUUUCAAAUUAAUUCAAUAAUUACUAAUUACUAAUUUAUUUUUUAAAAGACAGUGUGUGUGUGUGUUUUACUUUACCGCGAGUCCUGACUGGGAAUUAAAAAAUAUGGACAAAUCCAGCCGUACGUUUUAAGGUGUGUGUGGAUAUGAGAAUUCCCGGGACCACAGCAAGGAUAAGAAGCCCUGCGGGGACGCUGGCCCCGUGACCUCAGCGGGAUGAACUCCAUCUCCCCCAGCUCCGCGCAGUACCUGGGGGCGAAUCCCGAGGAGACGCUGCCCCCCAUGGGACGGAAGGCUCGCUCGCACACCCCGCGCGCUGACGGGAAUCAUUUCCUGAACGGCGAGGAGAGCGGUCAGUCCAGCGAACCGGACGAGGUGGACCGAAUCAAAGCCAAGCUCAUGUCCGCCUGGAACAAUGUCAAAUACGGCUGGACAGUGAAAACAAAGACGCAUUUCAGUAAAACCUCCCCCCUGAUCUUGCUGGGACGAAGUUACACGCUUCAUCACGAAGAGGGUCUGGAGCGGUUCCGGAUGGACUUUGUGUCUCGGGUCUGGCUGACGUACCGCCGGGAGUUCCAGCAGCUGGAGGGCUCGGUGUUGACCUCGGACUGCGGCUGGGGCUGCAUGCUGAGGAGCGGGCAGAUGCUGCUGGCUCAGGGGCUGCUGGUCCACCUCCUGCCGCCAGAGUGGACCUGGCCGGAUGCCUUGCAGCUGACGGACGUGGAAAUGGAACCACUGAGAACACGCUCCCCCUCCCGGGCCGGCCCACUGCCGGCUCUGCAGCAGGUGUUCACAGUGCAGCCUGAACCAAGGAGGAGGGAGAGGGGGAGGGAGAGGGAGGAGCCCACCCGGGACCCCCACGCAGAGCAGCUGCACAGAAAGCUGGUGUCCUGGUUUGGGGAUCACCCCCUCGCCCCUUUCGGGGUGCACAGGCUGGUGGAGUGUGGAAAGAGUUCUGGGAAGAAAGCAGGAGACUGGUACGGGCCUUCUAUAGUGGCCCACAUCAUCCGGAAAGCCGUUGCGAAGGCCUCUGAACUCUCCAAGCUCACCGUCUACGUCGCUCAGGAUUGCACGGUGUAUAAGGGGGACGUGUUGAAGCAGUGUGAGCCUGCUGGAAGAGACGGGCUCUCGGGUCCCAGUACGGACUGGAAAUCCGUUAUCAUACUGGUCCCAGUGCGGCUGGGAGGAGAGACCCUCAAUCCCAUCUAUACAGAGUGUGUGAAGGACAUUCUCCGCUUAGACUGCUGUCUUGGGAUCAUUGGCGGGAAACCCAAGCACUCCCUGUACUUCGUGGGAUACCAGGAUGAUCACUUGCUGUAUUUGGACCCACACUAUUGCCAGUCUGUGGUGGACGUCACAAAGGACAACUUCCCCCUAGAGUCAUUUCACUGUAACGCUCCUCGGAAGCUGCCUUUCAGUCGCAUGGAUCCCAGCUGCACGAUUGGCUUCUACGCCAAAAACAAGAAGGACUUUGAGUCCCUGUGCUGUGCAGUGAUGGAGGCUUUGACGUCCUCGUCUUCCAAAGAGAAGUACCCCAUCUUCACGUUCGUGGAGGGGCACGGGCAGGACUACGGGCUGGACGAGCUGAGCACCCUGCCUCCCGCACACGCUGCCCUCCCCCCAGCGGCGGGCAAGCUGGGCAAACCCAAGAGUGCCAGCACUGACGACUUCGUGUUCCUCUGAGAAACCCUGCGCCCAGAACACUGCUGCCUCGCACAACUCCAACCCUUCCAUUUUAAUUUAUUUUUAACAACACUUUCUAUAUACAGGGAGACAAGGAACUUUGACCUUUUUUCCUUAUUUUUUUUUUUUUACACUAAUGAAACCAAAAGGACUUGCAAACAGGUUCUGGAUACACUGCGACAGUCCGAAGCCCGCGUGGAGUUCUAUUGCGUUCGCUGCCUCCGAGGGUCGCGCGCAGUUCACGAAAGCAGGAUCUUCAUCCUGGGAGGCGACGUGUGCUGAUUGGUCAUCCUUCCUUUUUUUAAGUUUAGGAAUCUCUUUUAUUUUUCCUUGUUUCCACAAGCAGAGGAGACCACGAUUAAACCCGUCCCGUGUGUGUUUCUGUGCAGCAAAUCAGACAAAUUAGGUUUUCUACUGUUGGAGCUGAAUCCAGCGCAGAUGUCUGUGCAGGAGCAGGGCCCCGAGCUGUCUGGAUCUUUCAGUCCGGUGGGCUUUGCUUUGUAAAACCAGCACAGUGUGCGAGACUCUCUCCAAUUGUGUCUUUUUUAAAUGUUUGCACCUGAUUUUAUAAUAUCUCUGCUGUUUGUUCCACUCGCUAUGCAGUGCUUUCAGUUACCAGUCACUGCAAAGCUUAUUAAAGUUUACCUGGUUAAAUCUG